ACGAUCAGUGGGAAGAAAACUGAAGAAGACUCAACUUCUCUAGAGAGUUUGACAGACUUUCAGACAGCUGUGCUUUAUUUUACAAAUUAGUGGCUGAAAUCUCUCACCAUGAGAAUACACAUCUUGGCAUUUAUGGUUCUUGGAGCCUGCACUUUAAGUGCAUGGUGCCACCCAAUUAAAUCCAUCGUUGUGACCUUCCCCGGGGAUGUAAUCAAAAAUAUGACAGACAUCGAGCUCGCUGAAAGCUACCUGAAGCACUUUGGUUAUAUGGAGGUUCUGGAAAAGAGUGGACAGCAGGGAGCAGUGUCUACUUCCAAAGCUCUGAGGAGGCUGCAGAAUCAGCUGGGUCUGGAAGAGACUGGCAAGCUGGAUCAGCCGACAAUCGAUGCCAUAAAGAAGCCACGCUGUGGUGUGCCAGACAUCCGCAACUACAAGACCUUUGCAGAAGACCUGAAGUGGGAUCACAAUGACAUUACAUACAGGAUUCUGAACUACUCACCAGACUUGGAUGCCUCUAUUACUGACGAUGCCUUUGCCAGAGCCUUCAAAGUGUGGAGUGAUGUCAUACCUCUAACUUUCACACGUCUUUACGAUGGCACUGCUGAUAUCAUGAUCUUAUUUGGAAAAAAGAAUCAUGGCGAUCCCUACCCAUUUGAUGGGAAGGAUGGCCUACUGGCACACGCUUAUCCUCCAGGUGAAGGGCUGCAGGGAGAUGCUCACUUUGAUGACGAUGAAUACUGGACCCUUGGCAAUGGACCAGCAAUCAAGACCUACUAUGGCAAUGCAGGGGGUGCUAUGUGUCAUUUCCCUUUCUGGUUUGAGGGGAAGUCGUAUUCCACUUGCACCAGUGAUGGUCGUGAAGAUGGCCUGCCAUGGUGUGCCACGACUGCUGACUUUGACAAAGAUAGGAAAUAUGGUUUCUGCCCUAGUGAGCUUCUGUUCACAUAUGAUGGAAAUAGUGAUGGUGCAGCUUGUGUCUUUCCAUUUGUGUUUGAGGGGGAAACAUACACCAGUUGUACUACUGAAGGACGUAGUGAUGGGUAUCGCUGGUGUGCUACGACAUCCAACUUUGACCAGGACAAAAAAUAUGGGUUCUGUCCUAACCGAGAUACUGCUGUAAUCGGUGGAAACUCUGAGGGAGAGCCAUGCCAGUUUCCUUUCAGCUUCCAGGGGAAAACCUAUACUUCCUGCACAAGUGAAGGCCGCAGUGAUGGAAAACUAUGGUGUGCCACAACCAGCAACUAUGACAAGGACAAUAAAUGGGGAUUUUGCACAGAUAAGGGAUACAGUCUGUUCUUGGUAGCAGCCCAUGAAUUUGGACAUGCUCUUGGUCUGGACCAUUCCAACAUUCAGGAUGCUCUGAUGUACCCCAUGUACAAAUAUAUAGCGGACUUCUCUCUGCAUCAGGAUGACAUUGAGGGCAUCCAGUAUCUCUAUGGACCCAAAAGAGGCACAGACCCUACUCCACCCAAGCCAUCAACCACUACAUCUUCCCCAGUUUCUACUCCCAAACCCACUAAAAAAACACCAAAGACUACUCCAUCCACAACUUCCACCACAACUCCAUCUGUGUAUACACCUGUGGAACCUUCAGUCGAUCCUUGCACGAUGGACAAGUUUGACGCAAUCACAGAGAUCCAGGGAGAGCUUUAUUUCUUCAAAGAUGGUUACUACUGGAAGUCUUCAAAUCGUGAUAACGGGAAACGCAAAGGCCCUUUCGUGAUCUCUGAGAGAUGGUCUACCCUGCCAGCUAAACUUGACACUGCUUUUGAGGACCGUCUUACUAAUAAGAUAUACUUCUUUUCAGACACCAAGUUCUGGGUGUUCACUGGACAGGACGUACUGGGACCACGCAGAAUUGAGAAACUUGGCUUGCCUACCAGCUUGAAGAAGGUUGAAGGAACAUUGCAGAGGGGAAAAGGCAAGGUGCUGCUUUUUAGUGGGGGGAAUUACUGGAGGCUGGAUCUGAAGACUCAGCAGAUAGAUAAAGGAUACCCUCGUCGCACUGACCUAACCUUCGGUGGGGUCCCAGUGAAUGCUCACGAUGUGUUCCUCUAUAAGAGAAACUAUUACUUCUGUCAAGAUAUCUACUACUGGAGAAUGACUAGGAGGCAACAGGUUGAUAAAGUUGGAUAUGUUUAUGAACUCCUGAAUUGCCCAAACUUUUGAAUCUGAUUUCAUCAGACUGAAGUAUUAUAAUGAAAGCACAUCUAACUGAAAUGCAAAUCUCAGAUGUGUUUUCAGAAAGACAAUAUUAAUAGACAAAUAUUUUUAGGAGUUAUAUUAAUAAAUCUUUGCCUGCCGCAAAUGAUAAAUUCAGUGAACUAUAUAUUGGUUAAAUAUUGUUAAAUUAUGUUAAAAUAUAUUUUAUUUCCUCUAUCUUCUUUGUAUUAAAGCCUACAUUUGCACAAGUAAAUGUUUUUUAACAACUGUGAUUUAUUUAUUUUUAAAAAAUUAUUUUGUCAUAUGAAUAAUGAAAUAAAAUGUAUUUUAAGCAUCUAGAUAUUAUUUUCUCUUACCUUUAUCAUGAAUGGUAUUGUGAUCACAGAUGUCAGCAAGAAUUUGCACUUAAAUUUCCUUUUUUUUUUUUGCAUUUUCCCAGCUAACUUGGAAUUUUCUGUAUUUUAAAUGUCAAAUACUGUAAUAAAACGUUAAAAAAAAGGGAGUGGCAUGGUGGUGCAGUGGUUAGGACUGUUGCCUCACAGAAAGAAGGUUCUAGUUUUGAACCUUGCGGCUGACUGGGAUCCUUUGGUGUGAAGUGCCUGGAUGGGUCCCCUCUGGGUGCUCCCACAGUCCAAAGACAUGUGGAUUACGUCAACUGGCUACUCUAAAUUGCCCAUAGGAGCAAAUGUCAGCAUUUCUGUGUUAGCCCUGUGAUUGAUUGGUGACUUGCCCAUGGUGUACCCUGCCUCUCACCUCAACUCAGCAGCUCACCCAUGACCAGCAAUGGGUCAUUUUAUAUACAACCCCAAUUCCAAAAAAGUUGGGACAAAGUACAAAUUGUAAAUAAAAAUGGAAUGCAAUGA